CACAGUCAUGAUUUGUUUAAAAGGCAUUGGUUGAGGAGUGCUGUAGGUGUUCUGUUAAACUGGAGUACAUUAAAGCUGAGUAAACUGAAGAAAGGAGGUGUGUUUCACAGCACAUUUCAAGUGUGGCGAUACUGUGCGGAGGAGGUAUGCACCAGCCCAGCACGCAGUGUUCCGAAUAGCAGCAGAAAACAAAGAGAAGCUAUCAAAGAAGUUAUCAAGGGUUUGGAUUCAAAUUGUUCAGGAUGAACUGUAUUCUGCAGUUUUUCUUUUCCCCGCUCCCCACUCCUGCCAUUAUUGGACUCUUCACAUUGGGGGCUGGUGUCCUGUGCUGGCUGAUAACCCGACCCAAACCUGUCAUACCUCCAGUAGACCUUAAUAAGCAGACAGUGGGAAUUAAGGAGGGUGCAAGGAGAAGUGCUCUGCUUAAGGAUGACACACUUAUGUCAUAUUAUUAUGAUGAUGCCAGGACCCUAUAUGAUGGUUUCCAGAGGGGACUACAAGUGUCUGGGAAUGGAUCUUGUUUAGGCUACAGACAACCAAACCAGCCUUACCAGUGGCUGUCAUACAAACAGGUGUCUGACAGAGCUGAACACCUGGGGUCAGGACUGUUACACAGAGGACUGAAAGCAUCGCCUGAGCAACUUGUUGGCAUAUUUGCUCAGAACAGGCCUGAGUGGAUUAUUGCUGAGUACGCCUGUUAUACCUACUCCAUGGUGGUUGUGCCACUGUACGACACACUAGGACCUGAAGCUCUCGUAUUUAUAAUUAACAAAGCUGAUUUAUCAACAGUCAUAUGUGACAAACCGGACAGGGCCCAUGUUCUCCUGAAUAACUGUGAGAAAAACCUCACACCAGUCCUCAACACCAUCAUCCUCAUGGACCCAUUCAAAACUGAGCUCAAGGAAAGAGGGGCAAAGUGUGGAGUUGAAAUCCUGUCUCUGCAGGAAGCUGAGGUUUUGGGCAAAGAACACUGGAGAAAACCAGUUCCGCCUCAACCAGAAGAUCUCAGUGUUGUGUGCUUCACGAGUGGCACCACAGGUGAUCCUAAAGGAGCGAUGUUAACCCAUGAAAAUGUAAUAGCAGAUGCUGCUGCUUUUAUUAAAUGCUUUGAGAGCACAUUUGGCCCGGUGCCUGAAGACAUCUCUAUCUCAUUCCUACCCCUUGCACACAUGUUUGAAAGAGUUGUUCAGACUGUAAUGUACAACAGUGGGGCCAGGGUGGGGUUCUUCCAGGGGGAUAUCCGACUGCUGCCCGAUGACAUGAAAGCCUUGCGUCCUACAGUUUUCCCAGUGGUGCCGCGCCUGCUCAACAGGGUCUAUGACAAGGUUCAAAGUGAAGCCCGGACACCAUUUAAGAAAUGGUUACUGAACUUCGCUGUAGAUAGAAAAUUCUCUGAGGUUAAACAGGGAAUCAGCAGAAAUGACAGCAUUUGGGACAAGCUUAUAUUCCAUAAAGUCCAGGAAACCAUGGGUGGGCGUAUUCGUGUGAUGGUCACUGGGGCAGCUCCGAUCUCUCCAACUGUUCUCAACUUUCUCAGAGCAGCCCUUGGAUGUCCGAUUUUUGAGGCUUAUGGACAGACGGAGUGCACAGCUGGGUGCACCUUUUCCAUGCCUGGGGACUGGACAUCAGGCCAUGUUGGACCACCAGUUACAUGCAACAUAGUAAAACUGGCCGAUGUUGAAGAAAUGAACUAUUUUGCUUCUAAUGGAGAAGGAGAGGUCUGUAUAAAAGGCAAAAAUGUAUUCAUGGGAUAUCUGAAAGACCCAGAGAAAACAGCAGAAGCCCUUGAUGAGACCGGAUGGUUACACACAGGUGAUAUUGGAAAGUGGCUGCCGAGUGGAGCUCUUAAGAUUAUUGACAGAAAGAAGAACAUCUUCAAAUUGGCACAAGGAGAAUACAUUGCUCCUGAAAAGAUUGAGAACGUGUAUGUGAGAAGCGGCCCUGUAGCUCAAGUGUUUGUGCAUGGAGACAGCUUGAAGUCUUGCUUGGUGGGUAUUGUGGUACCUGAUCCAGAGGUGCUUCCAGAUUUUGCUGCCAAAAAAGGAAUUAAAGGAUCUUUGGAAGACCUCUGUAAGAAUGCCGACAUAAAGAAAGCGAUCAAAGAGGAUAUGUUGAAGCUGGGAAAAGAGUCUGGGCUUCAGUCUUUUGAGCAGAUAAAGGACCUAUAUCUUCACCCAGAACAGUUUACCAUUGAAAAUGGACUACUGACCCCAACUCUGAAGGCAAAGAGAGCAGAGCUGACCAAAGUCUUCAAAGAUGAAAUCGACAAGCUCUAUGUAUCACUGCAGUGAAUACUGUACCUGACACAGUGUCAGUUUUGUUCCAUCUGAAGACAUAUGGACUCUUGUGCCUCACUGAUCCACAGAGUGAAAGUAUGUGAAAGAGCUGCACUGUGGACUUCCAAAGGAAGGCUAUUCAAUAGGCUCCGCAUUGUAGCUCAGCGAAAGCUGCGCAAUCAUGCACUGUACAAGAUUUGCAUGUAUACUACGGAUGUGAUAUUUUCACAACAGUUCUAAAGAUGACAACCAUCAGGUGUAUUUGAAAACAUUUUUUUUUCAAUUGUACUCUAGAUUGCAAACAUUAAAUAUACCUGUUCACAACAGUCAGUGUACUACAUCCAGAUGCAGCUGUGAAUGCUAUGAAUUUGAACUGCUAUAAAGAUCCCCAACAACCAAUAUAUGUAUCACAUUUGUAGAGAAUAUUUUUUUUGUAAUACUGUUUAAUAUAUGGAUUGAAAUUAAUAAAAAAAACAAUAAUAAUAA